AUAAGCAAGGUCUUGGUAGGUUUCUGUAUUUAAUUUGCGGUUUAUUGUUAUACUAGAUAAUACUAAAAGCUAAAUUAGAAAAUGCCAUCAAUUAAAUUAUAUUCUGUAUCUGAUGGGCCUCCGUCCCUUGCAGUACAACAAUGCCUCAAAUAUUUGAAAAUCGAUUAUACUUUGAUCAAUGUAGAUUUUGGAAUUGGCGAACACAUGACCGAAGAUUUUGAAAAAAAAAAUCCUCAAAAAGAAAUUCCUGUACUUGAUGAUGAUGGCUUUCAAUUGGGAGAAAGUAACGCAAUUCUUCAAUAUUUAGCUGACAAAUACGCCAAAGACCAAACUUUAUACCCAAAAGACCUUAAAGAAAGGGCUCUUAUUAAUCACAGAUUAUGCUUCAACUUAUCAACUUAUUACAGAUACAUUUCUGAACAUGUGAUGGCUCCAAUAUUUUUCGAUUACCAAAGAACCCCAUUGAGCCUAAAAAAAACUCACAUUGCUUUGAACAAUUUCAAUACUUACCUGAAAAGAAGUGGUACCAAAUAAAUACUUUUAGAUAAAAUUUCAAUUGCUGAUUUCCAAUUGGUCACAGCAACAAUGUGCUUGGAAGCAAUCAAAUUCGACAUUUCCGAUUAUCCAUUAGUCAAGACUUGGUACGCAAAUUACAAAAACGAGCAUUGUGGAAAAUCGUCGAGGCUGGCAUGAAGGAAAUCAGCGCCUUUGAGAAAAAUCCUCCGGAUUUGAGUCACAUGAGUCACCCGAUUCAUCCAGUCAGGAAAAAUUAAUGCGACUUUAUUGCAAAUAAAAUUAUAUUUUUUUAAUGUAACAUUGAGUUUCAAUUAGUAUAUUAGGAAAACGAACAAUAAUUAAUAUGAGAAAACCUACAAAACAGCUAUAAAAUAUAUAUUUUUUUUAAAAAAUAUGUCGCGAUAAGUAUAGGUACAACUAUAUAAUGGCAAAUUUGUUAACAAUAAAUAAAUUAGUACAAAGGUGUCCCAAAAUAUUGGGACACUAACGUAUUUAUUGGUAAUAUUGGAAUUUUGGCUAUAUUAUUAUAAAAUGUACCUAUUACAAUAAUUAAUUUAUUUAGGUAAAGCAUUUUGCCUCUUAAAGCCAUUUUCUUUAGUAAUAACUAGCAAAAGAAAAAUGUAGCUUUUUUUGUUUAAAAAUUGUCCAUUUUGAAAAAUAUUUCUAGCCUUCACAAGAUUUAUGAAUUAGACUGUCUUUCAAAAGCCAAAGUUAUCCAGAAGUAGAUCUAGAACUACAAAAGCCUGGAAUAAGAUUUUUACGUCCCUCCAUCAGCUGAAUAAUUCACUUUGAUUUCAAAUCUAGAUUAUUCAGAAGUUCAAAAUUUUAAAUGUGCAUGAGUUUUUUUAAACAUCUCUAACUCAAUUUCAGCUCUAAAAUGGUCAGAAAUCAAACUUUGUUUCGAUGCUGUUUUAGUUCAUAACUUAGCUUAAGAGGAGUGAAGAAUGAGACUUUGAGUGUUUCUCUGUUAAGUUUAAGCUCUAUGUAGAAUGGUCAAAAAUCCGAUUUUGAUACUUUGAAAUCAGGCUCUACAAAGGCCAGGGAUAAGAUUUUUACGCCCCUACUCCAGCUGAGUUAACUAUUAAGAAAGUGACUCUGGAUAAAGUGAGGAUUUUUUUAUAUGUUGAUGUUUAAGAAAAAUUCAAAAGCACUUUUCGAGUCUUUCUCAAAUAUUUACAGACAACAUAGUGAUUUCAUCUAUAAAUUGGAGGCUCUUUCAUUAAACAAAAUUCUAUAAUUUUGUCCCUUAUCUCACGAUCUGCGUAUCACAUUUAAAAAAAAAAAAAAUUUGAGAUAAUCUGUCUGGAAUUUUAUUUUUUCAUGUACGAAGGCCUGUUUGAUCAAAAAAAGCCUAUUUUAAGAUGAAAUUACUAUAAACUAUACACACCAAAAGCCUCUGUUUUAUAAUGGGUGGUAUGAAUAAAAACGAAGUACAUGCUACUACUACAAGUAUUAGUAUAUCCUUCGAAGUAUUUACUUCAUAAAGAAGCAUUUACUUAUUUCCGGUAGUGUCGAAAUGUAGUAUCUACUUCGUUUUGAAGUAAAUACUACGUAGAACAUGCUAAUACUUGUAGUAGUAGCAAGUACUUCGUUUUUAUUCAUACCACCCGAUAAAUUAGUUUUCCCGGUACUCACCCCUCAAACUGUGCAAAAUAAACACCAAAUUCGAACCGCGACACUUUUCCUAUCACUUUAGAGUACUUUUUCCUAUUGAAAACUGGAAAAUUCGACGAAAAAUCGGAGGCCGAUUGGCCAUUUUUCACUUAUAAUGGCCGACUGUCAAGUGUCAAACUUGCCAUUCUAAAGCCUACUUGAUUAAAACCUGAUAAUAAAGGCUUAAUUAUAUUAAUUUUGAUGUAAUUUAACUUAAUUAGGCCUUAAUUAAGUCCUAAUUAGUUAUUUUACUCGAUUUUGGGGUUCGCGAUUGCAGCGCCUUCUCGUAACAAAUGAGUGUAGUUCCAUUAUUGUUUUAAAAUGGCUUACGCGCUUUUAUUUUUAUUGCCGGUUUUUUGUUGAAUUUUUCAGUUUUCCAUUAUUUUAUUAAACAUUAUUAAUUAAUUAUUUAACUAAAUUUUAAACUAAAAACUAUUUAAAAUGUAAUAUUUUCCUAUUUGAAAUGUGGCAACGUCGCUUUUAAUUAAGUAGUAGGCCUUGUAAUGAAAUGUCAUUUACUACUUUUCUCUUGACAUUCGGCAAUUUUUAAUUGACGUGUUUACAUUUUAUCCUGUUUUCCUUCGAAUUUUCCUCUUUUUCAGGCCGUUUUCAGUCGGGAAACCUGGUUUAAAAUCAAUGAAGUAGUAAGAAGGUUGGAAUAGCCCUUUGCCUAUCUACUUAAUACAUAUAUUUGCGGCCAACAUUAGAGUGAGAGAAUAGGAGAAAUCCAUGAGAUUUUCUUGCCCUUACUAGCGCUAUCUCACUCAGGGUUAGAGUGAGAGAUAUGGGAGAUCCAAUAUAUUUCUUGCCCUUACUGGCGCUAUCUCAUUCUGGAAUCAAUUGGAUGACGCAAAGUUCAUUCCAUACCUCUUUCUACUUCAGUGUUUAAAAUACGAGGCUUCAUUUUUCGCCAAAAAUUUCCAGUUUUCUAUAGGGGUAAGUAACGAAAACUCAAGUUUUAUCAAGUAGACUUUGGAAUGUUAUUUUUGCUGGUUUUUAUUUGGAUUUUCCGCUUUUCCAGGCCGUUUUCGAGCGAAAAAACUGAUUUAAAGUACGAGGCUUUGAGUUUUCUCAAUUUUUAGCCAAGAGUUUCUAGUUUUAAAUGCUAAAAUUGAGGGCGCAAAGCGCAAGCAAAAAACAACUUUUUAGGGAAUUUCUAGUUUUAAAAUCAUUAUCAAUUAAGCUUUUUUAAUAAAUUACGAUUCUUUUUCAGGUGGCAACACUGCUUUGUAGCCAACUUCACUCGGGUUCCAAUCAAGUAGGUCUAAUAGGGUUUUCCAUUAUUUGUCGGAUCAGGGCAAAACAAAUUUAUUCUUAUCCUUACAUGUUACAUAUUUUUAGAAAAAGAUGCGGAUACACUCAGUGAGGCACUGAUGACAAAUGGAAAUCGCCAUAAGAAUGGCCUGUGACAGUGACAUUUGACAGUCGGUCAUUUCAAGUGUUUUUAUCCUGGUUUUUCGUUGAAUUUUCCAGUUUUCCGGGACUUUUCAAUCGGAAAAAGUACUCUAAAGUGUUCGGAAAAGUGUCGCGGUUCGAAUUCUAUGUUAUUUUGCCCAGAAAAUUGAAUUUCCGAGUGGGGGCCACAGUUUUUGAGGGGUGAGUAUAAGAAAUUCAAUUAUGUAUGAAACUAGGCCUUUUGUGUAUUUAUAGUGUUUUAUAUGCUAAAAAUAGGCGAGCAGGCAAACAAAUAUGUAUUUCUAUCUUUUUCUUAGCCAGGCUCAGAGAAAGAGACGGACUCAUGUUACAGUGACUCUAUUACCACAGUGGCGACAAUUGUCGUCUCAUUUUUGAUUGGUUCUUAAAAUCCUAUAUAUUCAUAUGGAAAACUCCGCCAUUUUGUGCCCUCACUCUUGCUAAUUUUAAACAUGAAUAUAUAGGAUUUAAAUGGAUAUCCAUCAUAAAAAAUUGAAAACAACGUAAACUGUGUUUUUUUUUUAAAGAUAAAAGUCAAAAUGACAUUAUGUUGGCAAUACUAUGUAAAAUUGUCAAUGCUUUCAAAUUUUUUAUGUAGAAAAGGCUUGUGUUGCCAACAUAGUUACUAAAUUUUUGACUUGGGGAAUUAUCUUUAAAAAAAAAACAGACUUUAUUUGACAUGUGAGCAUAGAAAAUGGGACACCCGACUUACAGGUCUUGUAAUUUUUCGCUAUUUUGGGUAAAUGAUGGAAUGAUAGAAACUUAUGACACGUCUACCGGUGAAUAGGAAUAAUUUUCACGGAAAGGCAUGCUACAGACAAUCACCAUUGUUAUUUUAUCUAAGUUGAAUCAUAUUCUUACAACAAAUGGGUAAAUGAUUAAGUUAGUGAGACUUUCGGGGUCCAGGUUAAUUGAUAAGAAAGAAGAAAUUCUAACUUACGACGGCCAUUAAGCCCGAAUGAAUACCUCUUAUCAAAUGAUUGAAUGUCACCCGAAAGAUGAAAUCGUGCCUUGAGUAAAAUUGGGUAAAUUGAGAUACGACAGUACGUGAAAUGGGGGAGGAUUGAUAAUAGUAAUAUUCUUCAACGAGCAUAUAAUGAAUAGCCAUUAUUUGCGAGUAGGAGACUAUACUGUCUCUUCGAACUUUUUGAAAGAAAAACAUUAGUUUUUGUAAAAAAUAACAAACAUAAAAAGUCGGACAGGCGGUGGAUUUCGGUUCGGAAUCCACGGGGCGUGUAAAAUUCGUAUCAUUAAUCAGUUUAAUAUCGAGCAAGAAUGAAUGUAUUUAUUUAAAAUGUUCGAAGAGAAAUAUGAUUUCUCCAACUUCCUCGGACUUAGUUUUUGGAUUUGCCUAAUAAUUCCACAUACUGGAACUUUUUCCACAAACUUCCUACUUCCCUCACACUUCUUUUGCUAGAAAUAGAAACUUCCCAAAUGAAUAAUUGAAUUGAGAAUCAAAAAUUGCAGAAAAUCGUUAGUCCAAGUCUACCACGUGAUACUUCUUUUUAUCUUGAGAUACAAAUCGAAAAUAUUUUACAGUUACAGAAGGCUAGAAGAACAUUAUUUAUAACAAAUAUAAUCCAUCGAAAAUUUAUCAAGGCCAAAAAAAAAAAAGAAUUAAUCAACGUUACAACAAAAAGCUAUUGCACAAAUUGCCCAUUUAACAAUAAUAAAUAAAUUGGCAGGUUAAAAUAUAUUGGUAUCCAGAUAUCAAUAUCUGUCCGUAACACACAAAAAUUGCUGAGAUUGCUAACAACAACGUUAACUAUUUCAAUCUUUGUGUGACGUUGGCCAGAGCCACUGCAAACGCUUGCAAAGCUGAAAAAGGAUACUGGAAGUCUAACGUAUAAGCGUUACCAUCAAUUCGUCCAAAUUGC